AUGUAUCACAUUAUCGUCUGGGGAAGUACGAGUUUAAAAGAAGCCCUUGAACGCAGCACGAGAUACGCGUCUGGGCGCACAGCUGAGGUGAGUGGAAGAAAACAUGAUGAACUGAUGAAGUCUGACCGCACAGCCUCAAAAAUGUGGACCGAGGUGAAAAACAAGAGCAAAACAAUCACCAGCAGCGGAAACAGCUCAAAGAUGGUUGACCCAGAUCUCACCAGACAGCUUUUACACACUGUGCAGCACAGAAAUGGUUCGACAGCAGCUGCCACCCAUCCUGGCACAGAGGACUCUAUAGCCAGCAGCAGUGGAAUCAUCCCUGGUGCGAUUGCAGCCACAGUGUUCAUUGUCUUCUUACUCGGGCUCUACGCCGUCCUCUGGAAGUGCAUGGUGUCGCCACCACAACGAAAGCACAACAAGGUGAGGGUGAGAGUACACCAGAGGACGACUGUGUGAAGACCGGCUUCCAGGUGGGACAUUUUGGAUCUUAAUGAUGUGGACUAAAAUCUGAGAGCGGACUUUGGUCCCGGUCAGAGAGAAGCACCAGAGGGACAUAAAGCUGCCGAAGAAGAUCCUCCUGAUAGAUCCAAAGAUCAAACCACAAUAAUACUGACUCAGCUGAAUGGAUGUCACUAAUGUUUCCCUCGGCUUUACUGUCUGCUGGUGGCUCCUGUUGACCCAAAGCUCCAUGUUGAUGUGAAACACUUGUUUGGCGGGUCAGGUCAUGCUGCUUGUUUUCUGUGAACUCUGCACUACUGAGGGUCGAGGCUGCUCCGGCCACAGCUCGCUUCAGCCACUGAUAAGCUGCGUGUGUCUGAGAGAGAGACUGUGGUACUUUUUAGUAUGUAGAUUUUUUUAUGCAUGUUUUGUUUCUGCACCAGAUGGACAGUUGCAUUUCAAACAUGUCCUCUGUUGUGCCAUAGUACUUCUUAGUAGUAUUUUAUAGCACAUCAUGGUAUCAUUAGGUCACACUGAUGUCCAUUUUAGUUUGUCCUUGUUUCCUAAAGAUUUUUUUAGGGGAAACUCCUAAAGCUGCCCGGGUGUUCAGGACAAUCGUCCAAUCACCUCCGCUCGAGACUUUAUAUAGAAUAUACUGUGGAAAUCUAGAAAUGGAUUUUGAUUUUGUCUUCUUUAAAAUCCCCAUGGUUUAUUCACGUUACUCAGGAUGUUGUCACUACUGUAUGACUUUUGACUCUCUGUUAUGAACUGUGACUUUUUUUUUUUUUUACAUCUAGUAAUAUGUGAAUCUGAAUAAAUGAUAAGAUCUGUGACUGAGUCGCAGUUUGGUGAACUUCAAA